UCUUUGCCUUGAAGAAUCUCCUUUUCCAUUUCAUUUUCUUCCUCUCUUUAUCAACUACAGUUUUGUUUUUCUUCACUCCAUGUUGAGUUUUCAUCUCACUUCUUUGCUUCCUCUUCCAAUUCGGAAUAUUGACUGUGAUCCUCAUUUAUAGUACUUGAUCACAACCUUCUUAGUUACAAUUGACAAACUUUCAACUUAAUUCAAUAGCCCAAUUUUCCACUACUUGAUUCUCCUCUUAACUCCUUAAAAAAAUUAGAGGAAACAUGGAGGUUGCAAGAGUUUAUGAAAGUUCUAAUAUGACUACAAACAAUGGAUUUCUACUUCCAAAUGAAAGUCUUUCCCCUCCUUCUAAGGUUCUUGAUUCUCUUUGGGUGUCCAACAAUUCCCCCAUUUUCCAUGGCUCUGCAUCCAUGGUUAAUUUCGACGAAACCCGAGGAGAAAGGGGUAAAAAGAGGUCAUUUUUUCCUCAACUUGACAAUAAAGAAAAUAUCACCAACGAGGAUGAUUAUGAGGUGUGUUUUCACCAAACUGAAAAGAAGAUCAGGCGACUUUCGCCGAAACAAGUUCAGUUUCUUGAGAAAAGUUUUGAGGUAGAAAACAAGCUUGAACCAGAGAGGAAAGUACAAUUGGCUAAUGAAAUUGGAUUGCAGCCAAGGCAAGUUGCUAUUUGGUUUCAAAAUCGACGUGCCCGGUACAAGACUAAACAACUUGAGAAGGAUUAUGAUGUGCUCAAAGCUAGCUUUGAUAAACUCAAGGAUGAUUAUGAUUGUCUCUUUAAAGAGAAUGAGACUUUGAGAAAUGAGGUCCAUUUACGUAAAGAGAAGUUGCUCAACAAAGUAAAUGAUGAGGAAAAUUCAGAACAAAACAAUCCCAUUAGUCCACUUGAUGUAGAAGCUGACAAUCCUAUUGGGUUUACUAAAAUUUUAGCUAUGGUGGUGUGCAAGCAAGAAGAUGCAAGUUCAGCAAAAAGUGAUAUUCUUGAUUCAGACAGCCCACGUGGGAAUUACACCUCUUUUUUUGAGCCUACUACUGAUUCUUCAAAUGUAUUUGAGACAGAAGCAUUGUCUGAUUUUUCUCAAGAAGAUGACAACCUAAUUAGCAAGAGCCUUCUUCCCACACUACGCUUCCCAAAACUUGAAGAAGAUCACUUACCACUAAAUUCUUCCAAUUUGGGUUUCGAUCAAUCUUGGUUCUGGCAUUAUUGAGUUUUGAAUUAUAAAGGGUGUUAAAAGCCUUUUGCCACAUUUCCUUUUGUAAUUUACACUUGCUGCAAUGCAAUAAUAUGUUGUGUAUAGGUCCACUAGGAGGAGAUGAAAAUCUUUGCUUGUUCCUAA